CUGCGUCAUGCUGAGCUGGUCCUCCCGGGAGAAGGCGGGGGGAGGCAGAGAGAGGCAGGCUGGGCUUGGCCACACUCUCGCCCUGGGCAGCUAGAGAGUGGCUUGUUUUGUUUUGGGGUUUUUUUGGAAGUCCUGGAAACCACAUCAGCUCGGAAAAAGAGGGAUGGCUGCUGUGAGGCAGGUUGUCAAAACUGUCAUGAGCAAGGAACAGAUGGAAGGGGUCGGGGCACGUGUUCGAAGAAGCAUUGGCACUCGUGAGUUAAGAAAUUUGGAUCCUUUUCUGUUGCUUGAUGAAUUCAAAGGUGGGAAACCAGCUGGCUUUCCUGAUCACCCCCACCGAGGUUUUGAAACAGUAACUUAUCUGUUGGAGGGUGGGUCCAUGGCCCAUGAAGAUUUCUGUGGACAUGCUGGUAAACUGAACCCAGGAGAUUUACAGUGGAUGACAGCGGGGCGGGGUAUUCUGCACGCAGAGAUGCCCUGCUCAGAGCAGCCAGCGCAUGGCCUGCAACUUUGGGUCAAUUUGAGAAGUUCAGAGAAAAUGGUGGAACCCCAAUACCAAGAACUGAAAAAUGAAGAGAUACCAAAGCCUACCAAGAAUGGUGUGACUAUAUCUGUCAUUUCAGGAGAGGCACUGGGUAUAAAGUCUAAGGUAUAUACUCGUACACCAACCCUGUAUCUGGACUUAAAGUUGGACAAGGGAGCCAAGCAUACACAGCCAGUUCCCAAAGGAUGGACAGCCUUUAUUUACACAAUAUCUGGCAAUGUGUAUGUUGGCCCUGAUGCUGCCAAACAAAAAAUUGAACCCCACCACACAGUGGUGUUGGAUGAUGGUGACUGUGUUCAGUUUGAAAACAAGGAUCCUGAAAUAAGCCAUUUUGUCUUGGUCGCUGGUGAGCCAAUUAAGGAGCCUGUCGUACAACAUGGUCCCUUUGUGAUGAAUACUCAGGAAGAAAUUAUACAAGCCUUUGAUGAUUACAGCAAGGCGAAAAAUGGCUUUGAGAGAGCUACCACAUGGAAGUCAAAGAUUGGAAACUAGUGAUCUUCAAUGUUAAGAGGCUGACUGAGUUAUAUAUUAACAUUAGUAGUCUGUGAUCAUGCCAACCUUAUGAAAAUGAGUAGUCUGAUUGACUUACUGAAACUUGUCUCUUCAAUGAAGUUUUACUAGGGCAGAUCAGCAAUAUAUACUUGAUAUACAUAAAUAUCAAAUUUUGUAACUGUAAUUAAGCUCCUGAGUGUUAAGUCUGCAUUUUGGUGUACUGUCUCUAUAUUUACAUAUAUAGAUGUAGAAAACGCAUUAAAGCUGUUUUUUGUUUUCAUGCAAGAGCAUUUUUCUGCUCUGCUCAAAAUAAAACACAUUUAUUCAUUUUA